AACCAACAAGAUCCAGACACACAAGUUCUGCUGCGAAGUGCGGGGGUAGGCCGGGGGUGCCCCUUCACCGAUCUUACCUCUGAAGCACCUGCCUGCCUCCAGACUUCUUUUAGAAGUAACAGGCACUCUCCCCAGUGGGCUCCUGGUUGCAGAGCUCCGAGACCUCACGUAGACACACCUGUGUGAGAAGCAGAGGGGAGGAAAGACACAAGCCCGGAGGCCCUGCCCUUUGUGCGGGGAAGGCCCAGGUCCCUGCCUGCCUCAACAAGGCCACGAUGAGUCGAGGGGCUGCUUUUAGGCACCUGCUCCUGGUGCUGCAGUUGGCGAUGCUCCCCGCAGUCCCUCUGGAAAGAGAGGUGGUGUUGGCGAAGGUGGGAGACACAGCAGAACUGCCCUGCCAUGCUACCCCAGGGAAGAACAUAGGCUUCAACUGGAAACAUUCUUCCAUGCUCAAGAUUCUGGGGCGUCAGGGCUCCUUCUGGCUUACAGGUGCCUCCAAGCUGAAGCAUCGCGUCGAAUCGAAAAAAAACCUGUGGGACCAAGGAUCCUUUCCUCUGAUCAUCAAGGAUCUUGAAGCAGCAGACUCAGGGGUUUACUUCUGUGAGGUAGAGGGCAAGAAGCAAGAGGUGGAGUUGCUGGUGUUCAACUUGACUGCCAAGUGGGACACCGGCAGUGGCGGCAGCAGCAACAUCCGCCUGCUGCAAGGGCAGCAGCUGACCCUGACCGUGGAGGGCCCCUCUGGUAGUAGCCCUUCCGUGCAAUGGAAAGGUCCAGGGAAUAAAAGCAAGAGCAGUGGCCAAAGCCUCUCACUGUCUGGGGUGGAGCCGCAGGAGAGCGGUACCUGGACAUGCACCAUCUCCCAGAACCAGAAGACAGUGGUGUUCAACAUAAACAUCUUGGUGCUGGCUUUCCAGAAGGUCUCUAACACAGUCUAUACAAAAGAAGGGGAGCAGGUGGAGUUCUCCUUCCCGCUUAACUUCAAAGAUGAAAACCUGAGCGGGGAGCUGAGGUGGCGGGCAGAGGGGACUCCCUCUUCCCGGCUCUGGAUCUCCUUCAUCUUGGAGAAUGGGAAGCUAUCUUUGAAAGAUUCUCACCACACCAGACUCCAGAUGAAGAGUUUUCCCCCGCUCAGCUUUAUCCUGCCCCAGGCUUUGUCUCAGUAUGCUGGUUCUGGAAACCUGACCCUGAGUCUUGCCAAGGGAACAUUGCAGCGGGAAGUGAAUCUCGUGGUGAUGAGAGUGACUAAGUCUCAGAACAAUGUGACCUGCGAGGUGCUAGGACCCACCUCCCCUGAGCUGACUCUGAGCUUGAAUCUGGAAGAGCGGGCUGCCAAAGUCUCGAAGAAGCAGAAGCUGGUAUCGGUGGUGGACCCUGAGAGGGGAACAUGGCAGUGUCUACUGAGUGACAAGGACAAAGUCCUGCUGGCCUCCAAGGUCGAGGUUUUGUCCCCAGUGUUCACCAAGGCCUGGCCAAAGCUCUUGGCCAUUGUGCUGGGCGGGAUCUUAGGCCUUCUGCUUUUCAUUGGGCUCUGCAUCUUCUGCUGUGUUAAAUGCUGGCACCGCAGGCGCCAGGCAGAGCGGAUGUCUCAGAUCAAGAGACUCCUCAGUGAGAAGAAGACCUGCCAGUGCUCCCACGGGCUCCAGAAGACAUGCAAUCUCAUUUGAGGCGCAGGGCCAGGGGAGUUUCCGGCUUGCAGCCUCCCCAGCAGUCUUUCCCCUGCCUUUCCUCCUGGGCUCCUGGGCCUUCGGACCAGAUGAAUGUAGAAGACCCCAACACUUCCGGCCCACUCCUGCUCUCCUUUGUCCACACUCGGCCCUUGGUCCUCCUCUUGCAGAGGCUUACAGCAUUUCUUCCCCAUUUCCUUUGCAUCAAGCCUAACCCUAUCGAUGAUUUCUUCCUAGCUCUCUCCCCCAUGGCCCACUGGUCCCUGGGGAAUCACGUGGGACCAGCCCUGCCUGGCUUGGAGGGCAAGGCUGGGUGUCUGAAGCAUGAAGCACAGGACUGUCAUUUUACUGGAUGGGACCUUGGGACCAGAGGAGGCAGGGACCAGCCCAAGAUCACACAGCCAGAGGAGGGUAAAUCCAGAUCCAAAGGCUCGUGACUCAGCUGCCUCCAUGGCUCCAUUUGGCCAGCUUCUCACUCUGAGUUGGCAGGACACAGACUCACAUCGUGACCUGUGCACAAACAGGCAACCCUGGACCCACACCCAUGUACAGAGCGCACACUUGUGCACAGACAUGAUUCCUUAUCCAAGCAGUAUGUGUCAGUUUAUGAGCCAGUUUCACAUCCUUUGUCUGUUUAAACCUUAAGAAGAUCUUACAGAGGGGCACCUGGGUGGCUCAGUUGGUUAAGCGACUGCCUUCGGCUCAGGUCAUGAUCCUGGAGUCCCGGGAUCGAGUCCCACAUCAGGCUCCCCGCUCGGCGGAGAGUCUGCUUCUCCCUCUGACCCUCUUCCCUCUCGUGCUCUCUGUCUCUCAUUCUCUCUCUCUCAAAUAAAUAAAUAAAAUCUUUAAAAAAAAAAAAAAGAAGAAGAAGAUCUUACAGAGCUUAGUAGUGUCAGGACCAAGAUUAGCAUCUCCAAUUUAUAGGCCAGAAAUGGAACUCAGAGAGGUCAGCUGAUUGCCCAAGUCACACAGCUAGUCAGUGCCAGAGGACUAGCCCAGGUCUCCUCAAGCCUAGUUCCAUGGCCGUACCCUGAACACAGAGACAAGUACCACGUGGGUCUCUGUAGCUGAUUAGUCACUGCUGUCCAGGACCCACCUCUGGAUUCAUAAGAGCACACCACCCCAGGCAGGGCCUGCCUCAGAGAGUUCAGAAACUCGGACAGAAGCCUGUUGCCAGAGGACAAAGCUGUCAGUCCUCCUAAUCAGAGCACAGGCUGGGAGCAUGGGCCCUGUGGGAGAGAGUGCCCAGUGACCUACCACUCACCCUGUUGCAGAACCUUGGAAGGUGAGCUUUGCCAGGGGGAGGGGCUGGGGAGAUGGCUGGAGAGGGAACCCUCCGAGGGGACAUCUUGUGAAGGCUGACAGAGCCGCGCUUCAGGCCCCCUGCCCUGUACUUUCCUUCAGCCCUCCCCCACACCAUCCAGGAUACAAGAAAAUUGGGGCUACAAGUAGUCUUCUUCCUCCUCUUCUUGAUCCAUUUCUCUCAGGAUCCCCAGCCUCCUCUGCCUCUCCUUCCUUCCCUUUCUCACCACCUGUCUCAGUCCCUACCCCCUCUCCCUAGUCUCCUCUUUCCAGCUUGCCCCUUCCAGGAGGGCUCCCCACUGCUUGCUUGCUAUUCCUGCCCACUCCUGCCCCUGCGUCCCUGAGCUGACAGAAAAAUACAAUAAACUUACUGUAAAGAAGAUGCUCUUC